AUGGAGGUGGCUGAAAAACUUUUAGAGAAGGACCCAGGCAUAAGAAUCAUCCACUUGAUACGCGAUCCUCGGGCUUCGUUGUCGUCUGCUCUGAGUCUCGGGUUAAACGAUCCGCUGGAGUCUGCUGCGAACACGUUGUGUUUUUCCAUGUUCCGAGAUAUCAAAAAGCGAAAAGAGCUGGAGAGGAAGUUUCCAGGGCGGGUUUUUCAAACGCGGUACGAAGACUUAGCAGAGCGGCCGACUGAAACACUUAAACGAGUCUAUAGGAAUCUAGAUAUGCCGUUACCUCUUCCUGUUAAAAAAGCUUUGACGAAGCUUGUACAUGGCAGACGAAAUUUAGAUUCCUUUGGGACUGUGAGGAAAGAUUCCAGCGCCACUGCGCAUGCGUGGGUGAAGGCCAUCUCAAAAUCCACAGCCGCAAAAAUUGAUGACGUCUGCUCAGCGCUCUAUCCGUGGGCGGGUUAUAAAAAGUUCGACUUACUAAGUUAA